AUUUUUUCUGUAGGUUCUGUGAAGCCGAUACGGAUCGCUGUCAUUGCUACAAAAAUGUCUUUGUAGUUAUCAGGGUGUAGGUCAUUUAAUUGUAGUCUUAUUAACUAAUCCGUGCUAAAUUUUGUAUAUUAAAAACAUUAUUAAGAGAAAGAAGAGGAUCUACUCCACCCGAAUCAGGGGUAGAGAUGCAAUUGGUGUCAGUUUGGUGGAGAUAAUAACAGUGUGGUGAAUGAUGUGGGCGCAGUGAGUGGGUACAGCGGCACCACGGCUUCCUCAGUGGCGGGUGGCGCGCGGGGAGCCGAGUCUCCUUCGCAGGCCAACCAAGACACCGUGGAUAACACCACUCCCACUUGCUGGUGGGCGGCGUGGUCUGCCAUGGGUUGCUUCGGGUCGCCGGGCGCCAAGAGUGGCGAGGAUGACGCCAAAUCACAGAAGCGACGCAGUGACGCAAUUACCCGCCAACUGCAAAAAGAUAAGCAGCUAUAUCGCGCAACGCAUCGCCUGCUACUACUCGGGGCUGGUGAGUCAGGGAAAUCAACGAUCGUCAAGCAAAUGCGCAUCCUCCAUGUGAACGGCUUCUCCGACAAGGAGCGACGCGAGAAGAUCGAGGACAUCAAGAAGAACAUACGAGAUGCGAUACUUACAAUCACUGGCGCGAUGAGCACCCUGACUCCGCCCAUCCCGCUCGAAAAACCGGAGAACAAGGCGCGCGUCGAUUAUAUACAGGAUGUAGCGUCCCAACCGGAUUUCGAUUACCCAUCAGAGUUCUACGAACACACGGAGGAGCUGUGGAAGGACCACGGCGUUCAGCGCACCUACGAGCGCAGUAACGAAUACCAACUCAUCGACUGUGCCAAGUACUUCCUGGACCAGGUGCACAUCAUAAAGCGCGCCGACUACACGCCCACGGAGCAGGACAUCCUGCGCUGCCGAGUGCUCACCUCCGGCAUCUUCGAGACGCAGUUCGUCGUCGACAAAGUCAAUUUCCAUAUGUUCGACGUGGGCGGUCAGCGGGACGAGCGGCGCAAGUGGAUCCAGUGCUUCAACGACGUGACGGCGAUCAUCUUCGUGACGGCCUGCUCCUCCUACAACAUGGUGCUGCGUGAGGACCCCACGCAGAACCGCCUCAGAGAGUCGCUCGACCUCUUCAAGAGCAUAUGGAACAAUAGAUGGCUGCGCACGAUAUCGGUGAUCCUGUUCCUGAACAAGCAGGACCUGCUGGCGGAGAAGGUGCUGGCGGGCAAGUCCCGGCUGGAGGAGUACUUCGCGGAGUUCGCGCGCUACCAGACGCCGCCCGACGCGUGCCCCGACGCGCGGGACCACCCCGAGGUCGCGCGCGCCAAGUACUUCAUCCGGGACGAGUUCCUCCGCAUCAGCACGGCGAGCGGGGACGGCAAGCACUACUGCUACCCGCACUUCACGUGCGCGGUGGACACGGAGAACAUCAAGCGCGUGUUCAACGACUGCCGCGACAUCAUCCAGCGCAUGCACCUGCGGCAGUACGAGCUGCUCUAACGUGACACCGAAGAUAUAAGAGAAGAGCGAUGCGCGCCGACACUGGCUUGACAGUCGGCGCCACAGCAGAACCUCCCCCCUCCCCACGCCACGCGACGACUCCAGCAGACCCGACUGCCGGCAUUUGGCGUAACACUUACAUUUGUCGUACGGUAGUAAGUACUCGUAACCUUUCACUCGCGUGUAGUGUCUCUUUCUAGUCGAGAGUGAAACAAAAUAAGCGCUGAUUAUAUCUUUAUACAGCGUUUUCUUUCCAAUCGAAAUUACUAGAAGUUAUAUAUGGAUAGAUAAGACACGGACCUUUAUAUAUAUCAUCACUUCUUCAUAGAACGACCUGUAUUAUCUAUCUUACAUAUGGCUGAAAUUUUCGCACGACAAAUCGAAAUCUUAUGUCAAUUGCCUCAAAUUUUGUUUAUUUUAUUGUAAGUUGUGAAGUCGAUAUGACUUAUUAAGUUAUUUUCGAUGGAACAGCGUAAAGUGGCGUUAUAGUCGCAUUAUUUCUAAUAUUAUCGAUAAUUUUGUGAUUAUUUCGUGUAGCAACAUAGCACGUAUAUUUUGUAACCGAAUAGAAAAAAAAACAAAUGCACAAUACAACAUGAAAGAAUACGUAUUUAAUACAGUUAUGAGAUGUAUGUAAAACUUUUAUUCUACAUUUUUAUACAAGCCGGUAAAUAUAAUAGAAUUAUUUAAAUAUAUAUAUAUAUAUAUAUAUAUAUAUAUAUAUAUAUAUAUAUAUAUAUAUAUAUAUAUAUAUAUAUAUGUAUUCAGUCGCGUGGCCAGUGUACCAUUUGCUAGUGUUAACAAAUUCGACCGCCGGGAAGCCAGUGUCACUGUGAUUUCCUUUCGCAUGGUGUUUCCGAACGUUCAGCACGCUGGCAACUUCGAUUUUCUAAAAUGGAAUACAUCGGCUCGAUGUGUAAGGCAGUUUUAGUUAGCACCUCCGUCUUGCAAAAAAAAAAGUAAUGUAUAGUUUACUAUUUAGUCUGUACCACAAAAAAGGCGCGAAGUAAUUUUUUUUAUUCGACAUUUUGUAAUAAAAGUCGCACCGUUAUAGUAUAUACAUUUUAGGUAUCGUGUUACAAACUUGUACCUAUAUAUGUAAAAAUAUUUUAUGAUUUAAAUUUUGAAAAUAACACCAAAGAGAAAUUAAAAGAGGUCAUACCAUUACUUAUAUUUGUAUUUAGAAAAGCAAUGAAGCGGUUGGCGAGCGUUUGAAUACCAUUUUAUAUUAAGGAUCAUUGUGAAAGCGAUUUUAACCGGAGGCUAGAUUUAGUAUUCAUACGGAAAAAGCACACUUUUGCUUUUACUAAACAAUAUGGUAACAUUUUGUUUUACUUCUUGUUAACAGUUAACGUUUUUUUUUUUAUUUAUUUUAUCGUUGACAUUAAAAUAUAACUUGACAUUUAAUUUUGGAAUAUAGUGAAAUAUACGUACUAUAGACAUUAUUUGCUUGCACAAAAAAAUAAAUAAGAAAAACUGGUACCCAAGUGUAGACCAAAUUUUAUUUCGUAUUCGGUUAUUGAAAUGUUGGUUAUACGUUAAUAGUUAAAUAUACAAUUUUUGUAUUACAUAUUUUGUUUUUUUUUAAGCAUUGUUUCGAUUUUGAACUUUGUUCUAUUUUCUGUAUAUUUUUGAACUCGGAGAUUUUAUAUCUAUUCUUUUUUUAAAUACGCGUCCUCUGUCGUUAUUUUGCGGAUGCAUUGUUAGGUUUAUUUUACAUUUAGUUUUAUAAAGUGUCUUCCAUUGUGUAAUAUUUUUUUUAAAUUACUUUUUUGUUUUUUUUUUUUUAAUAGACGACUUGUGUUAGGCUGUUUAAUUUGGCGCACAUUUUGACUAUAACAAGAGAAAGCGGAAAAGCUUUUGAUAUAUUUAACUUAUAGAAUAGUUCUUAUUAUAUGAAAUUUCUUAAUAUUAAGGUCCAAAGAGUUCGCUGCCCGUAUACGAUACGGUGCUUAUAAUAGCAGUAUUUGACUUUAAUUGUUCAUUUUUUUUUUAUUUAUAGUAUAUUUCCCAUUUAUUUUUAGGACAUAUUUAGCCCUAAGUACAAAUGUUACUAACAUUAUCGCCCUAAAAUAAAUAAAUAAUUAUUAUUAAUAUAAAAUAAAUAAAAAAUAUAUUUUAUUUAUAUAAUUGGUUUAUGUACUUACAAGAAGAGUUGUUAGAAAAUACACUGAAAGAUCUAUUUUUCGUUAUUUCUUUUAUUAUUAAUAAGAAUUCGUUAGGUUAGUUUUAAUUUUUGUUUUUUUUUUCGCAUUUCCUAACACGCUUAGUGAAUAUGAAACUAUUUAAUUGUAAUUAAUUAUUAUAUUUAUAAAUGAUAUGGUCCUUAAUAUACAAUGCUGAAGCGUUGGUUAGUGUAAUGUGCCAUAAUGAAGUGUUGCUAGCGGAAACACCAUAAUGUUACCAUAUAAAAAAAUAUAUAUAUAAUUACAAAAUAUGUUUACAAUUAAGCUGAUCCUUCCUAGUAAUUUGUAAAUUAACGCUAUUUUGCUUUGUAAUGAUAACAUGUCGUUAUAUUAUUUUUUAAAUAUAUAUAUGAAUUAUAAAACGUAUUUCUUUUUUCUCUUGUUUUAAAAAUUUUAAUUGUAAGUAGGGAAUUAUAAUGUAUGUUGAACGAGUAUGUUACAUUAUUGCGAUUGAGGGGUCGCUCACAAUUUCUUUUUAUUUUGUCCAUAAUUAUAUAAAAACUUUUUUAUAGAUAAAAUCCAUUGUUUAAUAUUUCUUAUAUAUCUAUUUGUAAACGAACUUUUAGAAUUAAAUAAACGCAAAUCGGUUUUUUUUUUGUUAUUAAGGAUGUAAGAAAGAAUUUUACAGUUGUGUAUUUAAUAAUUUUUUUGUACACUUGUUUCUACUAUUUGUAGGCUCUUUAAAUAUUUUUAUAUAGCUAUUAUAUAUUAUAAUAUGACUAUGUGCAAUAAGAGCGACUCCCGAAUAACACAGUCUUAGAAAUCAUUGUGAAAUAACACGGCGUCUUAUAUACUUAUUUAUAUGUAACUUAAAAAUAAUAUUUGGUAGCUAAUUAAUUAAGUUUUAGAGUUAUCGCGAUAUUGAAAUGAAUGCAAAAGUAACA